AAUUCUGGGCAGUAGUGUUUGAGAAGAGGAGCAUCAAAAUAAUGUUAAUUCCAUUUUAUAGUUGUAUAUUCUAUUAACACAUAUACUUUUAAAAUAUUCAAAAUGGAAUUGAGAGUGUCAGACAAAGUCUUAGGAGGAGAUAAUCCAUGUUUCAUUGUGGCAGAAAUCGGCCAGAAUCACCAGGGUGAUGUGAAUUUGGCCAAGGAUUUAAUCCUUAAAGCAAAGGAUUGUGGAGUAGAUUGUGUAAAGUUUCAGAGGUCAAAUCUUAAUGCAAAAUUUACCAAAAGUGCUCUGUACAAGCCCUAUAAUUCCUCUAAUUCAUUUGGGGCAACGUAUGGAGAUCACAAAAGAUUCCUAGAAUUUUCUGAUGAAGAUUUUAAGGAACUCAAGAGUUAUUCUGAAGAAAAUGGACUGAUCUUCUCAGCUUCCGCGAUGGAUGAGGUUUCUCUGGAGGAAUUACUUGGCAUGGGAGUGCCUUUUGUCAAAAUUGGCUCCGGAGACAGCAAUAACUUUCCUCUUUUGAUCAAAGCCAGAGAUUCGGGAAGACCUUUGAUAAUCUCAACUGGAAUGCGAAAUCAAGAAACUAUCGAAAGGAUUUAUUCCUUGAUGGAUAAUAAACCCUUUGGUCUACUUCACUGCGUAUCUGCUUAUCCGACUGCACCACAAGAUGCCAAUCUCCAGCUUAUCAGGGAGUAUCAGAACCAAUUUCCCAAAGCAAUUAUUGGGUAUUCUGGACAUGAAAUUGGUCAAACAAUAUCCCUGGCUGCUGUUGCAAUGGGAGCAAAGAUCCUAGAGAGACACUUUACUGUGGACAGAGCCUUGAAAGGAUCGGAUCAUAAAUGUUCUCUUGAACCUCAGGAAAUGGCUGAACUCGUGAUUAAUGUGCGAAAGCUGGAGGGAUUUCUUAAAGGAACGAAAUUAUAUGAAAGUUGUGAAAUUAUUUCGGCUCUGAAAACCUUGGGAAUUGUCCAGAUAAGAAAUUCUUUAGAAAUUCAGGGGAUCCAAGAGGAUUUGGAAAAGGCAAUGAAAGGUGAGAAGCAGAGACGGUUGCUACAGUGUGAGAAGGAUUGCUUCCAAAAGCUGGGAAAAUCUCUGGUGUACUCUAGAGAUAUUGAUGCCAAUGAAGUCCUGACAGAAAAAGACCUCGCCAUCAAAGUCAGUCAACCGAAAGGGCUUGAGCCUGAGAUUAUGGACAGAAUUGUCGGGAAAACUUUAUACAAAUCCGUUCAAUUUGAAACUCCUGUGGAAGAUCAACAUUUUCAACCAUAGGACUCACCUUUAUCCCUGAGAUUCCUGAACAAUUGGGAAGAUCCCUUAUUCAAGGAUGGAGUUACAUCCUUCACGAAUCCUAUUUCUGUCAAUCCCAGAAACUUCCUCUUUAACCUGGGACGUGGUUCCUGCUCAAUCACGGAGUCCAGGAAGUCCUGUGGUGUCAUGUAUAGCUGCCCAUCGAUUUCAACUGAAGCAAAAUUUAUAAAUCUCUUUUCCCGGGAGGUCAGUUUGAUUGAAUUCUCUUGCUGAAAUAGAGAUUUUUUCCAAUUCUU